GGGAGGGGGUCGCGACCCGGCUGAGCGGCGCCAGCAUCGCGACAGUCGGCCCGCGAGCGGGGGGGAGGGGACCGAUCCCCGGGGCCCGACCGGCCCGCAGGAGCUUCCGCGUUGGAGCUUUCUGAAGCAUGAGGAGAGCCCCCCGCCAGUGACCGAAACAUGGCUGACAAGAGGAAAUUGCAAGGUGAGAUCGAUCGGUGUCUGAAGAAGGUCUCCGAGGGGGUGGAACAGUUUGAGGAUAUUUGGCAGAAGCUCCACAAUGCAGCAAACGCCAACCAGAAGGAGAAGUAUGAAGCUGACCUGAAGAAGGAGAUCAAGAAGCUCCAGAGGCUGAGGGACCAGAUCAAGACGUGGGUAGCUUCAAAUGAGAUCAAGGACAAGAGGCAGCUGAUAGACAACCGGAAACUCAUUGAGACGCAAAUGGAGCGGUUCAAGGUGGUGGAGCGGGAGACCAAGACCAAAGCCUACUCCAAGGAGGGGCUGGGCCUGGCGCAGAAAGUCGACCCUGCCCAGAAGGAGAAGGAAGAGGUCGGCCAGUGGUUAACGAACACCAUCGACACGCUGAACAUGCAGGUGGAUCAGUUUGAGAGCGAGGUGGAGUCACUCUCUGUGCAGACACGCAAGAAGAAGGGGGACAAGGAUAAGCAGGACCGGAUCGAGGGGCUGAAGCGGCACAUCGAAAAGCACCGAUACCACAUCCGCAUGCUGGAGACCAUCCUGCGCAUGCUGGACAAUGACUCCAUCCAGGUGGACUCGAUCCGCAAGAUCAAGGACGACGUGGAGUAUUACGUGGACUCCUCGCAGGACCCCGACUUCGAGGAGAACGAGUUUCUCUACGAUGACCUCGACUUAGAAGACAUUCCGCAGGCUCUGGUAGCCACCUCCCCGCCCAGCCACAGCCAUCUGGAGGACGAGAUCUUCAACCAGUCCAGCAGCACUCCCACCUCCACCACCUCCAGCUCGCCCAUUCCGCCCAGCCCUGCCAACUGCACGACGGAGAAUUCGGAAGAUGACAAGAAGAGGGGGCGGUCGACAGACAGCGAGGUCAGUCAGGUUACAGCUCCGUGGUGGCUGACAGCACAUCGGACUCCGUUCUCGGCAGCAGCGGGCCAGCGCUCCCCAGCCAGCCAGUGGCCCACAACCCACCCAGCAGCGCUGCGAAAGAGCCCAGCGGAGCCCCUGCGCCCCCCCAGUGCCAGCUCUGGCCUGCUAGUCCCCAUGACGGUGAAUACCCCAAGCUCCCCGACCCCGUCCUUCUCCGAAGCCAAGCCGAGCCAGCCACUGCUCAACGGGCCACCCCAGUUCAGCUCCACGCCAGAAAUCAAGGCGCCCGAGCCCCUGAGCAGCUUGAAAUCCAUGGCAGAGCGAGCAGCCAUUGGAUCCAGUAUAGAGGACCCAGUGCCAUCUCUCCACCUGGCUGAAAGGGCAGACAUUUUAAUUAGUAGUACGACCUCGCAGCCGGCCUCCAGCCAGCCGCCUAUCCAGCUGUCGGAGGUGAACAUCCCUCUCUCCCUGGGGGUCUGCCCCCUGGGACCGGUGCCCCUCACCAAGGAGCAGCUCUACCAGCAGGCCAUGGAGGAGGCAGCCUGGCAUCACAUGCCUCACCCCUCGGACUCCGAGAGGAUCCGGCAGUACCUGCCCCGGAACCCCUGCCCGACCCCCCCUUACCACCACCAGAUGCCUCCGCUGCACUCGGACACCGUGGAGUUCUACCAGCGGCUCUCCACGGAGACGCUCUUCUUCAUCUUCUACUAUCUGGAGGUACAGAAGGGCCCCCUCUGCAGGCUAGAGCGCUCUAUAGUCCCGCCCUGUCUGGCCGCCGCUGCCGCCUUUCCCUCGGGCAGGAGGGGCGAGGGCACCAAGGCGCAGUACCUGGCGGCCAAAGCCCUGAAGAAGCAGUCGUGGCGGUUCCACACCAAGUACAUGAUGUGGUUCCAGCGGCAUGAGGAGCCCAAGACCAUCACGGAUGAGUUUGAGCAGGGCACGUACAUCUACUUCGACUAUGAGAAAUGGGGCCAGCGGAAGAAGGAAGGGUUCACUUUCGAGUACCGGUAUCUAGAAGACCGUGACCUGCAGUGACGCCUGCUCACCCCCCAGGGGGCGCCAGCCUUCCAGAGUCACGCGGGCGAGACAUUGGGGUGUGGGGGAGGGAAGGAGAGGCCAAGCUCACCUCCCCCACCUCCAUUCCACCUCCCCCAACCCAACCCCCCCAGGCGGGGGCCCCCUCCGGCCAUCUGAACCCUUUAAAUGCAUGCAGUUUUAAAAGACAUGGGUGGGGGGGCUGUGGCUGUGAAGGGAGGGGACUCAGCCAUUCCCCAGCCCCCCUUCCUGGGUGAGUGUUGGCGGGGGGGCGGGCAGAGGGACAUGCGCAGGCCAAAAAAAAAGUGAACAAAGAUGAUCUUGGAGGAGUGUUGCAGGAGGGGAAUGAAAUCAUUUGGCUUUUUUUAAAAAAAAAAAAAAAAAAAAAUUAAAGCAGCAAAAAAUCCAGCAGAAUUAUUGUUACCCCCCCCCACACACACACAAAUUCCUCCGGGGGGGCCCAAACCCCACCUCCCCCUCAGUUCUCCCCCUCCCAUUUUUCGUCUCCUCCCCACUCCCAUGAGAUCCAGCCCCAGAGCAGAUCGGCUGGGUUUUCCUUGGGGGAGGGACGGACAGGAAUUCAAAAGGGGAGGCUGUUUUUCUGAUUGCUUUCCCCCCUUCUCCCGAGGUGCUAUGCAGCCGCUGAGGGCCGGGUGUUUAAAAUAUUUUUCGUAACCCUAUUUUCAUUUUGGAAAAUAUUUAUGAAUAAAUAGUUUUAUAUGA